CCUGGCCGCAGCGCGCUCCGCUCCCCGCAUCCCGGAAGUGAAGGCGCCGCUCACUUCUGGCUGCGGCCGCCGCUCGGAGGAGACUUGGGCGCCCCUCCCCCCGCAGGAGUCUCAGCAGGCCCCUCCGGCGCCGCCAUGGCGGAGAACGACGUGGAUAACGAGCUGCUGGAUUAUGAGGAUGACGAGGUGGAGAACCAGGCGGCCGGCGACGGGGUGGACGUGCCCCCCAAGAAGGACGUCAAGGGGUCCUACGUCUCCAUCCACAGCUCCGGCUUCCGGGACUUUCUGCUGAAACCCGAACUCCUCCGGGCCAUCGUCGACUGCGGCUUCGAGCACCCCUCGGAAGUGCAGCACGAGUGCAUCCCGCAGGCCAUCCUGGGCAUGGACGUGCUGUGCCAGGCCAAGUCGGGCAUGGGCAAGACGGCCGUGUUCGUGCUGGCCACGCUGCAGCAGCUGGAGCCCGUCACGGGGCAGGUGUCGGUGCUGGUGAUGUGCCACACGCGGGAGCUGGCGUUCCAGAUCAGCAAGGAGUACGAGCGCUUCUCCAAGUAUAUGCCCAGCGUCAAGGUGGCGGUGUUUUUCGGGGGCCUGUCCAUCAAGAAGGAUGAGGAGGUGCUGAAGAAGAAUUGCCCCCACAUCGUGGUGGGGACGCCGGGCCGGAUUCUGGCCCUGGCGCGCAACAAGAGCCUCAACCUCAAACACAUCAAGCACUUCAUCCUGGACGAGUGCGACAAGAUGCUGGAGCAGCUCGAUAUGCGCCGGGACGUCCAGGAGAUCUUCCGCAUGACCCCGCAUGAAAAGCAGGUCAUGAUGUUUAGCGCCACCCUGAGCAAGGAAAUCCGCCCCGUCUGCCGCAAAUUCAUGCAAGACCCCAUGGAGAUCUUCGUGGACGACGAGACGAAGCUGACGCUGCACGGCCUGCAGCAAUACUACGUCAAGCUGAAGGACAACGAGAAGAACCGCAAGCUCUUCGACCUGCUCGACGUGCUGGAGUUCAACCAGGUGGUGAUCUUCGUCAAGUCAGUGCAGCGCUGCAUCGCACUGGCCCAGCUGCUGGUGGAGCAGAACUUCCCGGCCAUCGCCAUCCACCGGGGCAUGCCCCAGGAGGAGAGGCUGUCCCGCUACCAGCAGUUCAAGGAUUUCCAGCGCCGGAUCCUGGUGGCCACCAACCUCUUCGGGCGGGGGAUGGACAUCGAGCGGGUCAACAUCGCCUUCAACUACGACAUGCCCGAGGACUCCGACACCUACCUGCACCGGGUGGCGCGCGCCGGGCGGUUCGGCACCAAGGGCCUGGCCAUCACCUUCGUGUCGGACGAGAACGACGCCAAGAUCCUGAACGACGUGCAGGAUCGCUUCGAGGUGAACAUCAGCGAGCUGCCCGAUGAGAUCGACAUCUCCUCCUACAUCGAGCAGACCCGAUAAGGGGCGUCCUCGACACUCCUCGUCCCGCGUCAUCCUUCUUUUGGUGGUUUUAAGCCCUCUCCCCCACCCCCCGUUUCAUUUCCACGCGACCCCGAGAGCCGA